UGACGGUUGGAGCGCUGCCUACUUAGACAGCUGCCUCUGUAGACAGCGGCUCCUUACAGAGCUCACUGCGUUUUGGGACAGACUCCAGAAAUGAAGUGUGUUUGGGUGAUGAUGCUGUUCCUCCACUGCGCUCUUUCAGAGAAGUUUGAGGUUGUGGGUCCAGAUGCUCCUGUUGUCGCUACAGAUGGUUCUGAUGUUGUUCUGCCGUGUUCUGUUCGACGCUCGGAUGGUCAUUCCAGUCUGAGUGCUGUGGAUUUGAACAUUACGUGGACCAGAUCAGACCUGGGAGGUGCUGUAGUUCAUUUCUAUGGAAGUCAUAAAGACAUGAACACCAGUCAGAGUCCUGAUUACAGAGGGAGAACAGCUCUGAUUAAAGAGGAGCUACAGAACGGCUCCGUCUCACUGAGACUGAGUGAAGUUAAAGUUUUUGAUGACGGACAGUACAGAUGUCGUGUUGACUCUGAAUACUGGGAGGAUGAGGUCUCUUUUGAUCUGAAAGUUGAAGUUAUUGGAGAGCGUCCAGUGAUCACCUUGGAGAGCUAUGAUAGGAAAUCAGAGGAGUUCAGUUUACUGUGUGAGUCUAAAGGCUGGUUUCCUAAGCCUGAUCUUCAGUGGCUGAACAGUAGAGGAGAAAUUCAGACUGCAGGAGUUACAGAGUCACAGAGACACGCUGAGCUGUUCAGUGUGAAACGACGCUUCACUGUACAUAAGAACAACAUCGACACGUUCCUCUGCAGAGUCUCACUGGGAGAACACUGGAAGGAGGACGAGAUCAAACCUAGUGUCUUCUAUGAAGGAAGAGGAAUAUAGUAAAGAGCAGUGGAAGAACUGAGAAGAGCUUCAUCAUCCCAUCAGUGAUAACACGCAUUGAGGAAGUCAGAGGAGAAGCAGAAUGAUGACUCUUCAGUGGAGAUGGGUUUGCUGAAUAAAACAGGCCUACAGGACUCUUAGAAGAAUAUAACAGAUGUCUGAACUCUUCCUGUUUUUACUGUCUAAUAUUUUAAUUAUUUUUACUGUCUGAAAUGUUUUAAGGCUGUUUUUCUAUUUGAACCUUUUCAGUGUUUUAUGUCGACUCAGAUCUCUGAGUCAUGGUUUUCAGUUUAUAUGUGAAAACAUGAAGCUCAGAAUCUCAGCCUCUCACAGACACACACACACACACACAUACCAACACACACUUACACACACACCGACACACACACGCACAGACACAAUCUUAUUACACACACCACACAC